CCAUGAAGCAAAUGGUGGCUUCUUAUGAACUCAUGUGUCAAAGCAUGAUGGAUCUAAUGAGGUUGCAUUAUGAAAAGGCUGCUCAACAAAAGAUGGAGGUGACAUUACCUGAUAAACGGCCAUCUAAAAUAGUAACGGAUCACUGGAGCAGUGCUGAAGAUGAUUGGGAUAAAGGUAAAUAUAACACGUCUCUCUUUCUGCAAUGGUUUUGAUUUUCCUAAAGAUGAAGAUAUGGCUGCAGAAGAAGAGGAAGAAGACACAUUCAUCAAGCCAACCAAACGAACGAGUACCUCCAAAGCAUCUAUAACUAAAACCAGCCCGAUAAAGAAAUGCUUAUACUGUGGCUGCAAGACAACACCCAUGUGGCGUAGAGGUCCGCAGGGCGCCGGUACUCUCUGUAACGCUUGUGGUGUCAAAUGGAAGCAUGGUAAAAUUUUGAGCGAUAAGCCGCCUAAUGGCGAUACUGUUCCGACCACGGAAAGAAGAAGAAAGUCAAGCAUUGCUGGUAGUAGCAAAAAGACAAACAAGAAGAAACAAAGUAAUGCUCAUGAAGAAGCCAAUAAUUUGCCUAUUACAUGGGAAAGUACAACAUCGUCUGAUUCAAGUCCCUUAGAUUCCUUUAGCUGCUCACCAAAUAGUUCACCAUCUCUUGCUACUUCUCUAAUGGAUAAAAGGAAACCACUGAUUCCAUAUGAUUCACAAGCACUCUCUGUCUACGUUGGUGAAAAUGCAAUAGAAGCAGCAGCCGUUCUUACACUCUUGAAAAAGACAAAAUAAUAAAAUACCUGUGUAAAUAGCAUUGUUGUGAAAAUGAAAGCUUCUGAGGUACUUUGUAAUGCAUCUAAUUGGUGGAAUUUCAUCUCCCCACACACAUUGUGCCUUUAAGAAUAUAAUGUCAUGAUUCCCCUCGAUCUUCUG